AUGCCUCUCCGUCCGAGGAAGAAGAGACGCUCAAAUACCAGUCGCGCUGUUGCCAUCAUUGACGAGGUUGAAGAUAUCGAGGAUGUAGAGCAGGAGGAAGUGGCAGAGGAGGUUAAUGACGUUGUAGAGCAUCCUGAGGUUACAGGCCAGGAGGAAGCAGACGGAGCCGAAGAGGAGGGCCCUACGGAGGAACAGAUCGAGGAGUGGGAGGCCUUCAGGCAAGAAUACUAUGAGAUCAUCAAUGAGCUACCCGUAUCACUUCAUCGGUCCUACAACCUCAUGCAAGAACUGGACGAACAGGUGGAAGCACACCUUGCUCUUCAACUUCCCGCUAUUAAACAAUAUAUCGCUUUUCGACACGCUUUACUCGAACCACCUCCGGCACCCCCGCCGCUACCAGACGCGACAACCUCCCCCGACGUUCCCCCCGAAUCGUCGAAUUCUGUCCAUCUGGUCGAGAAACCUGUCAGCUCCAGUGGUGCGAGCACAACAACGAUAGACCACACCGUGCAGCUGGUGCAAUCUCCACACGUUAAUGGCAUAACAGAGUCGCCAAAGUCAAAGAAGCGAAAGCGUUCAUCGAAGGAUGAAGGCAGCCCCUCUCGUCGAUCACCGCGCGGCGCGAGCGAGUCCACCACCCUGUCACGCGUCUCUUCCAGAUCAUCUCAGUCCUCUUUGGACCCCAUCACGCCGGACAGCAAGAACCUCAACGGCAUUGUCACCUCUGAAGUCACUAUCUCAAAGGGGACACAGUCACAGGCACAAUCGAAGGAAAUCGAAGUCGAAGCAGCCAGUGUCAUCACCAGACGUAUGCUGGCUCAGAUAGCUCAGCUAUCUCGUGAGUCUUUACGAGCAUCAGACGAGAAGAUUGGCAUAGCCAAGGCCAUGUAUGACCUUGUUGAUCGCCAUGUGCGUUCUCUGGACGCGAAGAUCAAAGAAUAUGAAGCCUCUGUCGCAAUCGGUCUUCGUCCAGGCACGCAUCCCAUGGACGGCACGCUCACCUUCGAAGAGCCCGAAGAGAAACCCGAGUACUCGGACACACGUCGUGGCCGAAAGAGGGACAGGAAGGGCAAGGAGCGGACCGACGAAAACGAAGCGGAGCAGCCGCAGCCCUCCGAUGUGGUGAUCAACAUGCCUAUCAAUGCAAUGGAACCGACAUAUUGCUACUGCCACCGUGUGUCCUUCGGCGAGAUGAUUGGGUGUGAUGCCGAGGACUGCCCGCACGGGGGAUGGUUUCAUUUGGAGUGCCUCGGUCUUGACAAUCCUCCGAAAGGUUCGUUCUUCUGUGAUGACUGUGCAAAGGAACGCAACAAUCCAAAGAAGAAGAGGGGGAGAACAUAGAGACCCCGUCAUGUAUUUUCUUCACUUCUCGGGCUAGUACAGUAGCUGUUCUCGCUGUAAUGUGGCAUCCUGUCGUCUGUUGUUACAAUAGUA